AUGCUGUGUGCCGUCGUCGUCGCCCUCGCUGCAUUCCACGGGUCGGCCAUCCACACGUCCAAGGUGGCGCCGCACAUGGCUCUCGAUGUGCCCGCGUCUGCGCCGGUUCGCACAUCGUAUGCGGACCUCGUGCCCCACAAGAGCGCUGAGCAGGACAAGGCGACCAACGCGAUGCUUCUCAAGGUGAAUCAGAUCGGCACCAUCAGCGAGGCGAUCGCGGCGUACAAGCUCUGCGUUGACCAGGAGUGGGGAGUUUUCGUCAGCCAUCGGUCUGGCGAGACGGAGGACUCCUUCAUCGCCGACCUCACGGUGGCUCUCGGCACCGGGCACCUCAAGACGGGCGCACCGUGCCGCUCCGAGCGGCUGUGCAAGUACAACCAGCUGCUCCGCAUCGAGGAGGACCUCGGCUCGAACGCAAUCUUCGCCGGAAAGGACUUUCGUAAGUCUGGGAGGUUCUAG